UCCCUGAGGGGAAGCUACCACAGGACGUGCUCCUCGCGCCAAGUUCCCGCGCUGGAAGGUGGGCGGGGAGUGCGUUUGGCUCCACGCCAUUUUGUUCCAUCUUCUCGUCUACUCCUGAAGCUGUCGGAAGCUAAAUCUUAAGGUGGUGAGGCAAACAACUGGACUGCAGAGCACCUACAAGGUCUCUUUGCCACAAGAAAAACAAGUAGCUGCCAGCAGCUGCAAGCCCAUCACAUCAUGAUGUUUCUUUUGGUCAAAAAUGCACUUAGUGGGCUCAAGAUUCGAAACAUUCAGCAAAUUAUGGCAAGGCAGAACCACACGAAAUGCUCCCUGGAUUUUCAUGAGAAAUAUGGCAAUGCUGUGCUAGCCAGUGGGGCGGCUUUUUGUGUUGUCACGUGGGGUUUCUUAACCACCCAGAUGGGAAUAGAAUGGAACCUAUCCCCUGUUGGCAGAGUUACCCCCGUGCAGUGGAAUGAGGAGUAACUGUCUCAGUUGCUCUAACAGAAUUGUCUCAAAAACAACUUGUCAUGUAAACAUUUCUGCUGUUCAUUAAAGAGAAAGUAAUUGAAGAAAUAAAAUACUGUCAGUCUUUGAAAAUAA